AUGGCAAAACUCGAGGGCAUCCAACACCGGUACAGAUCACUACCACCUCCUCCAAGUCGCAACGGGUCCGAGUGGAGCUCCGCGGGCGCGCGCACCAGUCCACGCGCGGCCCCGAUGUGUGCAGGAGAGAGGCGCACGAGCGGCCCCGAGUUGAAGCGUGGGAGGCGGGCAGACAGCGGCGAAUCCGGGUCACGGCACCAGUGUAACGUGGUUGACUCUGCGUUGUGUUGUGAGUGGUGGGCCCGUCAGCUUGUUAAGAACAUCCCGCCUUCGGAUAUGUUGGAGGUUCGAUGUAAAGCUGCAGCGUUUUCGGCUCUGAGCGGAGAAAGGAAAGACUGGGGACUGCGGCGCGCCUGGGAGAGGGACUACCUUAGCAACAUCAGAGACUGUCCUCAGACCAGCUCCAGCUUCAGCCAUGUGUCCGCACAGCUGCAACAGAGAGACAACUUCAGCCUGGUCCUUUUCUCUGGACUCUGCCGCAAGGGGAAUCGCUUCAACAAGAACUCGGACCGCGCACUGCUCAUCACUGAUAAACACAUUUACAAACUGGAGCCGAGGAAACAGUUCAAGACGCUCAAAAGGACGUCCCUGGACGUGUUCCAGACAGCCGACAACGAGUAUGUUAGGAGAAUUAAUGGCAUGACGCCGGUCGGCUCUGUACGCUCCAACAAGCCCACCAGUUUGGGACACCAGCCGUCUAGACAUGAGGAAAGACUACAACCGGCAGAUAGACGGUGA